AUAACCUCAAUUUUAGAAAGUAUUAUAAAAUGUAAACAAAACAAUGUCCACACAAAAAUUGAUAAAAAUUUUAAGUUUUUAUGCAAAACUAUGGAAUAGAAAAUAAUUUAAAGGUGAAUUUUUAAAGAUCAACAGGUUUUUAAGUGAAAGAACUUGUGAAAUCAAAGGAAACUACAGAACAAAGCAGGAAGGAGAGAUGAGGUCUGAAAUAGAUUUCUUCCUGUUGAAGCAUAGGGUAUUUCUUGUGAAACAUUUUUAUCAGUACAACGGAGAUUCGCUGUGUGUUAAGACUAAAUAUGAGACCAAUUACAAAAACUGCAAUGACUCCCCAAAGUUCUCAUGUGAUGUCUUAGUUGAGAUUGUCAAUCUUUUCGAGCAGACUGGAAGUGUGUUCCGGCCACUGGAAAGAGCUUUGGAGACAACGUGUCAGCAACAAAUAGAGCAAAUCUAUGUUAAAGUGGAGGAUCCAGAAGAAGAGUCAGAUAAUGAUGUUGAAGAACUUGAUUUCCUGAACUCACCACUCCCUCCUGAACAUGUUCAAUUGAAUGCUUUUGAUAACAGCAACAGUGAUAUUUACAAUUCUUCCCAAGAAAGCAUCUCUGAUGCUGAUACUUUGAGUAAUGAAGAAUUCCCCCUGAUUCAUGGAUUUAAAAAUAAGAGAGAAGGGGAACUUAAUGACCUUCCUGAAUGGUGGGAGAACUCAGAUGAUUCCGUACAAGCAACAGAUUUGGAGUGGUUUGAAAAUCGCCCUAAUCAAGAGGGAGAAUUUCUUAAUAAUCCAAACAAUAAUAUCUUCCCAUUCAAAUGUUCAUUUAGUAAUUGCCAAAAAGCCUUCAAAUCCUCAAUAGCUCUUAAGUUGCACAGAAUCUCUCAUCCUGUCGACAGAGAUAAAAUUUACAAAUGCCAGAAGUGUAAUAAAGUCUUUCUCAGGAAAUAUGCACUAAAGAGACAUUACAAACUCAAGCAUCUUCCUCUGAAGUACAAAUGCCAAAAAUGUGGAUGUGGCUUUAGACAGGAUAAAAACUACCGGAAUCACUUGGAGGACCAUCAUGGUGAGGAGGAUGUAGACUUUUUUGACGAGCCACCACCGACUUCUCCAGUUUUGAGGUCUCCAUCGGUUAGUAAAAAGGAAUUGGAACAGGAGGAGGAGAGUGUCGUUAGUGAGUUCAAUAGCCAAGAAGAAAGUAAACCUGAGAAAAAACUUAGAAAAAAGCGACCCGAAAAAUUUAAAACUUGCGAAGUAUGUGGUAAAAUAUGCUCAACCGCUCGUUAUAGAAAGCAUACAAUGACUCACACUGGAGAGCGCCCGAUAAAAUGCAAUAUCUGCGGCAAAGGAUUUAUCUACAGUUCAGGCUACCAUACUCAUAUGCAAGUGCAGCACAAAGGUAUCAAGGCUAAUGUAAAGCGAGCAAUGUGUGAAAUCUGCGGGAAGAAAGUGACGGGAGAAAAAGUUUUAGAGGCUCAUAUAAAGAAAAUCCACGAGAGGCCUGAACAAGAAUUUAAGUGCAAAGUAUCAGGAUGUGGCAAGUCCUAUCCAAAUGAGAAAUUCCUCAGGAGACACAUGGAUCGACACAGUGGGAAAAUGUUCAAAUGCACAUUUUGUGAUAUGCAGUACAAGGACAAAUCACAAUUGAAGAUUCACAUAGAUAAGGUUCACUUGAAGACUGAACCUUCAUGGAAAUGUGAAUUGUGUGGUAAAGGUUCAUGGCAUAUCAAAGAUCAUCGGACUCACAUGCACAAACUCCAUCAAAUUGAAGUUCCUUUUUUGAGGAAAAAACCACGCGAAAAUACUUAAUAACUGAAUUUUUUUAACAAUAAAAUUGUAUUUAGAAAACAGUCAAAUAAAUUAUUUAUUAUCGAUAGUAAAA